UCGCGGUAGAGAUCUCAGUAAUCCUAAAAAAUCACCAUGAAAUACUUCGUUGUUUUUGCAGUGAUCUGCUGUCUGUUGGGAGCUGCAAUGGCUCAGCUUAAGAAUCCAAUCUGUGGCGAGCAGUUCGGACUUUCCGGAAACAGUUGCCGUGGAUUAAUUAUGAAGUGGACUUAUCGCCAGGAUACGAACGAGUGCAUCCAGUUCAACUACACCGGCUGUCACGGAAACAACAACCAAUUCGAUAACAAGGAGCAGUGUGAGCAGUCCUGCAAAAAUUAGGAAUUCAUUGUAUGUCGUUCACCUCUAAGAUAAAUAAAAUGUUUGACUUUUAAAUCCUAA